UUAGCCAUUUCAUUAUGAAUAUUUUUCCUGAAAAUAUAAGUAUGCACGACUCUGUAAACAUAAACCCUCAGUUAAUAAUUUAUUGCUUUUUACUUUAGAAAACUUAUUCGGAAUCAUUAUUAGAUCCAGAAAUAUUAAUAUUCGAUUAUUCUCGGAUGUACAUAUCUGAUAAUUUGCACGUCGCAUUUCAAACUUUGCCGUAUUUUAAACAAACAUAUGGUAGAGCACCAAAACCAUGGAAUGAUGACGACGCCGAAAAGUUUUAUGUGUCAGCAUCUGAAAUUAAUUGUAAAAUGUCUGAUAAUUCUAUUACAAAUAAAUUAGAUAAACAUCUAAUAAAACUAUUGGCAAAAAUAUGUACAGGCGAUUUAUGUCCAAUGCAGGGUGUUAUUGGUGGAACAGCAGCACAAGAAGUGAUAAAAGUAUGUUAGAGAAUUUUUAAAUGCUUUUUAUAGUUUUUUUAGAAUUGUACAUCUCUUUACAAUUUCUAACUAAUAGUCUGACUAGUGUUAGGUAGUAAAAGUAACUUGAUUUUUUUGUGUUUACUCUACGCAGUAAGAAAACUUGCACACGGUACAUGAAAAUCAUUUGGUGUCUGUAUGUCAUCACGACAUAACAUAUGGCUUGAAAAAGAAUAGAAUGAGAACAUCAAAAGCGCGAAGUAGAAAGCAAGAGUAUUACUUAACACUACUAUCUGUUUCAACGCAUAAAGAACUCCGAUGUUUUUCGAAAAUCUCUGCAACGAUUUUAUUUGGCCUAAAUGAUAAAAGUUAUCAAAAACUCUCAAAGAUAAUGAUUUACAUCUGAUUUUUUCAAGGAAGUCUCUUGAAGUCUCAUACCCAGGCACGUAGCCAGGAUUUUGGGGUAUACUGGAUCUCAACUUCAGAGCAUGGGACCCAGAUAAACCUUAUGGAGGAUGUUAUUGGGCCCAAAUGAUGAAUUUCUAACAAAAAACCUUUGCGAUCGGAGUUUACGGAAAAAAAAGUUUUUUCUUUGGGCACCCCCCUCAAAUUUUUUUUGUCUUUUUUAGUAUUCCAUUUUUUAGAAUUUUAUCAUAAUCUACAUCGAAUUGCAUCUAAAAAUAUGCAUCCGUUCGGGAGUUAUAACGUUUUGAAUUUUUGAGAGAUUACGAUAAAAUUCUAAGAAAUGGAAUACUAAAAAAGACAAAAAAAAUUUGAGGGGGGUGCCCAAAGACAAAACUUUUUUUUCCGCAAACUCCGAUCGCAAAGGUUUUUUGUUAGAAAUUCAUCAUUUGGGCCCAAUAUCAUCCUCCAUAAGGUUUAUCUGGGUCCCAUGCUCUGAAGUUGAGAUCCAGCAUAUCCAAAAACCCUGGCUACGUGCCUGCUCAUACCAAAUUCAAAACUAAUUGUUUGGAGUUGAAUUAUGUUUUAUGCAUUGCGCUCAUAAUUUAGCCGUAGGGAUAAAUCUUGAUUUUUAAAAAAAUGAGUCAGCUGCAGUUGCUUCAAAGUGUCGACAAAAAUAAACACUACCACGAUGAUCAGCGCAUUUGAAUAUCUAUGUAUCGUGUAUUUUUAAAGCCUCCAGACAUGCAGAUGGACAGAUAGGUAUGUCCUCGGAGAAUGUCUAUAUCUCCCGGAUCAUAAUAGAUGAAGGUCUAGAAUUCGUGAUAAUGAGUAAAGGAGAUGUUCCUCUAUGAGGCAGUGCACGAUCGAAACGCACUUUUCCAGCAUAGCGUGCUCAAUGCACUGUCACUGAUUUUUCUACCAUGAACCGUCGUCGAAGUUUUGUGGAAAUGACAGAAAAUCCUCGGGAGCCUCUUGUCAAAAACGUCCACAUCACCUCGGAAAAACCUAAAAAUUUUUCUUUUAAAAUCCGUUGAUAAAUCCUGGCAAUUCUAUUGUUGCUACAUAGUCUUGAGUUUUGUGUCGAUCUUUUACCUGUGAAAUAUUGUACAUUUCGGCACAUAAAUUUGACGCAGCAUAUAUGAAAUCCAUAUGUAAUGUAUUUUUAGGAUCAAAUUUAAUUUCAUAUGGACAACGUUUCAUACCACUCCAAAACUUUUUGCCUUUAGAAGUAAGUUGUUCUG